AUGAAGGCUAGACAUGGUGCAAUGGCAGUCAAACUCGAUCUAGAGAAAGCCUAUGACUUUCUUGAUUGGAAUUACAUUUGUUGUGUUUUAUCGAAGUUCGGUUUUAGUUCUAAAUGGAUUGAUCUGAUUAUGGAAUGUGUCUCCUCAGUCUCUUUUUCAAUUCUUAUUAAUGGUAAGGCUAAGGGACACUUUAAACCCUCGAGGGGUCUUAGACAAGGAGAUCCAAUCUCUCCUUACAUUUUUAUUCUUUGUACGGAACCUUUAAUUCGAAGUCUUAAUGCAGCAUCUACUACUUCUAAGCACCAUGUUGGUUUACUUUCUUCGCCGAAUGGUGUUCGAGUUUCUAACCUUCUUUUUGCGGAUGAUUGUCUGAUCUUUGGUAGGGGCUCUCCUAAAGCUGCUCGGAAUAUCACAAGGAUUCUUUCUAGAUUUGCUGCUUGCUCUGGGCAGCACAUUAAUUCAGAUAAAUCCUCUGUCUAUUUCUCCUCUAACUUAAAUGCUUCAACUAAACUCCAUAUUGCUAAUAUUUUGGGUAUUCAACAUCGAACUACUAUAGGCAAAUAUCUAGGUGUUCAUAACAUUAUUUUCUGGAAAGAUCCCCUGAAUGCUAAAGAGUUGCUUGUUAGAAUUUCAAAAAAGCUUAGUGGUUGGAAGAGUUCCACACUGUCUAGGGCUGGGCGUCUCACUCUUCUAAAGUCGAGCGCUUCUGUUGUGCCUAUCCAUGUUCUUUCUUGCUUUAAAUGCCCUCAUUUUGUUUUAAAGUCCAUAGAGAAGGAAAUGAGGAAUUUCUUUUGGGGCAGCUCUGGUUCUCCUCCGGUGGCUUGGGAGCAAGUUUGCUUGCCGAAGUCUAAAGGAGGGCUUGGUAUUAGACCGCUGGUUGAUGCGACUAGCAGAGCCUCUAUAGAUCUAGACGAGUCUGUUUCAGACUAUUUAGUUAAUGGAGUGUGGAAUAUUGAAAAACUCUCUCAAUAUUUAGAGUCCUCGAUUGUUAGAGAUAUCUCCUUUGUUAAUCUUCCAUUUUCUGACAAGGAAGAUGAGUUUGUCUGGCGGUCGACUUCUGAUGGGAAAUUUUCCAUCAAAUCGGCCACUUGGUCUCAAUGCAAUCAGAAUGUUCACCCUAAGGCUAAUUUGCUGAACAAAAUUUGGAAGCUCAAUAUACCACCAAAAGCAAAACAUUUUGCUUGGCUUCUUGUUAGAGAUAGACUAAAAACAAGAGCAAGACUUUCUCGCUUCAAUUCUAGACUUCUAGUAUCAAUCCUAUUUGUGGCCUGUAAUGCACCAAUGGAUGCUUUGGAAAAUUGUUUGCUUCUUUGUUGGCAAAUAUGGAAAAAGCGUAAUGAUGUUUUGUUCAGGGAUUCGGGGUUCAGUCCGGCUUCUGUAGUGCAUGCUUCAGCCUCCUUUUGUGCUGCCUACAGGACCCACAACCCCCGUUCUGCUACGACUUCCAAUAGCUUAAGUGAAGUCAUUAAAUGGCACCCGCCGCCUGAAAACUUCGUCAAGCUCAAUUUUGAUGGGUCUAUUUCUUCUUCCAACCAGGCUGCUACGGGCUUUGUUAUUAGAAACCACUUUGGUGACCCCAUUGUUGCUGGUUCGAGGUCAAUUGGAUCUUCAACGGUUCCUUUGGCUGAAUGUAUAGCUCUAAAGGAUGGCCUGUUAGCUGCUAAGCGAUUCAACCUGGACCAUAUUUAG